AUGGCGCUUCAGGCGCUGCAGAGCUCGGGGGUGGCCUUCCGCAAGAUCCUGUCUCACUUCCCGGAGGAGCUGAGCCUGGCUUUCGCCUACGGCUCGGGGGUGUACCGCCAGGCGGGGCGCAGCUCAGACCAGAAGCUUAUCAAAUACGGAGUUAUUAGCACCAGUGUUUUGAUUGAAGAACUUCUCAACUGGAAUAACCUAUACAUUGCUGGUCGACUCCAAAAACCGGUGAAGGUCGUGGCGAUGAAUGAGGAUGUGGCUCUCCGCUCAGCCCUGGAUCAAAACCUGAAGAGCGCUGUGACCGCGGCCUUCCUCAUGCUCCCGGAAAGCUUUUAUGAGGAAGACCUGUUUACAGAGAUCGCCGGCCUCUCCUACUCAGGUGACUUUCGGGUGGUGGUUGGAGAGGAUAAGGCGAAAGUGUUGAACAUCGUGAAGCCCAACAUGGCCCACUUCCGGGAUCUGUACGGCCGCAUUCUGCAGGAGAGCCCCCAGGUGGUGUAUCAGGCCCAGCGGGGCAGCCUGGAGGUGAGCGGUCGGAGGGACAGCAUGGUCCGUCCUGAGGCAGGAGCCCGUGUAGAGGGAAAAGUAGGGCGAGCAGUACGACCAGUGAAGUAA